AUGGCGUCCGGCUACCCGCCGCCGUUCGGCGACCCGGGGGAGAUGCGGGAGGGGUUCCUGUGCCCGCUCUGCCUGAAGGACCUCCAGUCGUUCUACCAGCUGCAGGCACACUACGAGGAGGAGCACUCUGGCGAGGAUAGGGACGUCAGGGGCCAGCUCAAAAACCUGGUCCAGAAGGCCAAAAGAGCAAAGAAGAAAUUGCUGAAACGAGAAGGAGAUGACAGAACUGAUUCUGGAUCUCAGGAGCGAUACGAGUCCUUCAGCUAUGGUGGGGUAGAUCCCUACAUGUGGGAGCCCCAGGAAGUAGGGGCUGUGAGAAGCCAUCUUUCUGAUUUCAAGAAGCACCGAGCAGCCAGGAUUGACCACUAUGUAGUUGAAGUCAAUAAGCUGAUCAUCAGGUUAGAAAAGCUUACAUCGUUCGACAGAGCAAACACCGAGUCAGCUAAAAUAAGAGCUAUCGAGAAGUCUGUUGUGCCUUGGGUUAGUGAUCAGGAUGUCCCCUUCUGCCCAGACUGUGGCAGUAAGUUCAGCAUUCGAAACAGACGUCACCACUGCCGCCUCUGCGGCUCCAUCAUGUGCAAGAAGUGCAUGGAACUCGUCAGCCUUCCCUUGGCGAGCAAGCUUACCAGUGCCAGCAAAGAGGCCUUGGGCUGUCACAGCAGCCCCAGCUCCUCACCUAAUAGUGUCCAUGGCUCCCGCCGGGGCAGCGUCAGCAGCAUCAGCAGCGUGAGCUCGGUGCUGGAUGAGAAGGAUGAUGAGCGAAUCCGUUGCUGUCAGCACUGCAAAGACACCCUGCUGAAAAGAGAGCAGCAGAUUGAUGAGAAGGAAUGCACCCCGGAGAUUGUGAAACUCUACGAGAAACUCCGUCUCUGCAUGGAAAAGGUUGAUCAGAAGGCACCGGAAUAUAUCAGGAUGGCAGAGUCUCUGAAUGCUGGGGAGACAGCCUACAGUCUGGAACAUGCUAACGACUUGAGAGUGGAGAUUCAGAAAGUCUAUGAAUUGAUAGAUGCCUUAAGUAAGAAGAUUUUGAGUCUAGGCUUGCACGAAGGUUCUCAACCCCAUCCUAAAACACUACAGCUUCAGAGAAUGAUAAGAUACUCAGCUACACUUUUUGUUCAGGAAAAACUUCUUGGCCUGAUGUCCCUGCCAACCAAAGACCAGUAUGAAGAACUGAAGAAGAGAAGAUUGCAAAUGGUGGCUCUGGAAACACAUGGAAAGCAAGAGGAAAAACAGAAAGACUUUAUCUCCAGAUCUGCAGCUGCAGUUAAUGGUGAUGCAGCUCAUCUGAAAAAAGGGACAGUCAGGAAGUCUGAAGGCUGGUUACCCACCUCUAGCAUCUCGAGGCAGAGUGAGAUAGCAGACCCACUUCUUCAGCAGAUAGACAACAUCACCUCCUUCAUUAAGCAGGCUAAGGCAGCUAAUAGGAUAGAUGAGGUCCACAUGCUGCAAGAGAACCUGAGGCAGCUUCAGGAUGAAUAUGAUCAACAGCAGACUCUUAAAGCUAUUGAGCUUUCUAAAAAGCAGGCAGAGGAGGAAGAGAUGCAGAGGGAGGAACUUCAGGUCCUUUGUGAAAAGGAGUGGGAAAGAGAACACCUCAAAAUCAUGUCUCAGCAUUCAAGGACAUGCUCCUUAGACUUCAGAGAAGUCAGGCAGCAUCAGCAUGAAGUUGUAAAAGAGGAUCAGAACUGGACAGCACAUGCAUUGAAUUUGGAUGUUGCUCAGAUCAAGGGAGACCCAAGCUUUGAAUCUCCUGCUGUUGAGCUGCUAUCAGCUAAAGAGCACUUGAUCUUCACAUUCAAACCCCAGAGCAUUCUACAGUGUGACAAAGACCAAGGUCAGAAAGCCUGUCUAAACCCUUUUGAAGAGGAAGCAGAUACCCCUCAGUCAGAGGAGGAUUCUAACCCAUUUGCCAAAGACACUUCUCCAUUGGCUUCUUUCUCUAGCACAGCUUUGCAAAGUGAUAAAAAAGAAUAUAAUCCAUUUGAAAAUGACGAGGAAGAUGAACAAACAAAUGGAGCACCUGGCAGUUCUUUGAACCCUUUUGAAGAGGAUGAAAAUCCAUCUCAAAAGCCUGGGGGCAGUUGGGAUUCUGGGAAUCCAUUUGAAGAGGGAUCUUCAACCAAUCCCUUUGAAGUGGAGUAUGGCAGUGAGAUCUCUGGAGAGGAGACCAUAGAGGAAGAGCUGCUUCUCCAGCAGAUAGAUAACAUCAAAGCUUAUAUAUUUGAUGCCAAACAUAGUGGACGAAUGGAUGAGGUGGAGGUGCUGACAGAGAACUUAAAGGAAUUGAAGCACACGCUGGCGAAGCAGAAGGAAAAAUCCAGCUGCUGAAGCAGUUGUAGGCUGUAAAUCUGGGGAAGUAGAGCAAUCCUGGCAAACAGCACAGAUGGUAAGAGGGACUUGAAAAAGUCUUGACUUUUGUGCACUUUCAGUUAGGCAUUUCCACUACUGCUCAGACCUGAAGAGUUACUGAAGUACGCUGCUGGCAUCGCACCUCAGUGCUGCUCACAACAUGCGUUUGACGCUGACUGCUCCUUGCUCUGCGCUCAUUCUGGUCAGAGUGGCUGACAGGGGACUAUGAUUUGGAAAUGGUUGCAACGCUGGUUUGUCAUCCUUCCCCUUAUCUGUUGUAUUGGCCUUUUAAGUGGGGCUUUGUCUAAAGAGAUGAAAUCUCAAAAUUUGCAUCCUCUGACAAGGACCCAGCGCUGCAGGCCAGCUGCACUGCCUGAGGGUAUUACAUAAAAGUGCUGUUGGAAGGCUACUGUGAUGCUUUGAGGUGCAGAACUUACAGGCUAGCAGGUCAAUUUUGUGCAAUGUUAACACACAAAAGGGAUUUUAAGACUGAGAACUUCGUAACUGAUAUUAAUAUGAUUAACUUUUUAAUGUGCUUAAAAAUUACCUACCAAAUUUGCAUGCUGUCUGUUCAUCACUUUUGGUUUCCCAUUUGCGCUGAGUACAGCCUUGCUGUGUCACAGAGCCAGGCUGACCUCAGAGACCUGCUUGUGAGGAAACAGAUGGCAGUCCAUUUCCAGGGAAAUUGGGCUAGCACCACUUCAG